AUGGUGGCAAGCUCUGAGCUUCCAAUUGCAGGAGAGGCUUCAGAGCAUAUUGCUGAAUCAGUUUCUACAGUGUGUGGCUUUGAAGUGCUGGCUGUGGUGGAAGCGAACCACAUUUAUUUAAUCUGCAGAGUGUAUCCUAGAUUAAAUGAGAUAGCACUUGAAAAUCUGUGUCCUUUUUGUCGUGGAAACUGCAACUGCAAGCCGUGUCUACGUACAGAUAAAGGAUUUAAGGAUCUGAGGAAUUCAAAAAUUAAGAUAACUGAAAAUGAAAAAGAUCAGCACUCUAAGUAUCUGUUACAUUUACUACUUCCAUUUCUGAAACGAUUUGUUCAAGAACAAAGAAAGGAAAAGGAGACUGAGGCAGGGAUUAAAGGCUUAAUGCUGACGGAAAUAGAAAUACAAAAGGUAGCUUGUAGAAAGAAUGCGCGUAUGUGUUGCGGCAACUGCAAAACUUCUAUUGUUGACUUCCACCGAAGCUGUCCUAAUUGUUCGUAUGAUCUCUGCCUUACUUGUUGCGGGGAGAUUCGCAAUGGCUGCCUGCUGGGUGGUGAGGAAGAAGUAUCAAUGCAAUUUUGUGACAGAGGGAAAGAAUUCUUGAAUGGGGACCUUCCUUCCACGUCUUCAGGUACAAAGCAGUUAUUAAGGAUGAAACAAAAAGAUCAUAGUAAACCAACAUCAGUGGACGAUGAAGAUCUUAUCAAACCAACACCAGUGGACGAUGAAGAUCUUGGUGAACCUACUUCAGUGGACCAUGGAGACCUUAGCAAAUCAACAUCAGUGUGGAAGGCAAAUGAAAUUGGUAGUAUUCCUUGUCCCCCGAAGGAAAUGGGUGGUUGCGGUUCUGGCCUGCUGGAGCUGAAGUGUAUUUUCAACUUAAAUUGGCUUUCAGAACUGGAAACAAAAGCCGAGGAAAUAGCAGAGAAGUACAACCUUGCACAUGUGGGUGGAACUUCUACACAGUAUUGCUCCUGCUUUGACCGGCCGAUUGACUCUGCUAACAAGAAUGUACGGAAAGCUGCAUCUCGAGAAGAUUCCAGUAACAAUUAUUUAUACUGUCCAACUGCUGAGGAUGUCCAACAUGGGGCGCUGGAGCACUUUCGGCAGCACUGGAUGAAGGGUGAACCCAUGAUUGUACGGAAUGUGCUUGAGCUCACGACUGGCUUGAGCUGGGAGCCUAUGGUUAUGUGGCGUGCAUUUCGUGAGAUCACAAGUGAGAAGAAACCUUCCACGCAUCUGUCAGUGACAGCCAUGAACUGUCUGGAUUGGUGUGAGUUUGAAGUCAAUAGUCACCAAUUUUUCAAGGGAUACUCAGAGGGUCGAAGCUAUGACAACAUGUGGCCUACAAUUUUGAAACUGGAAGUCUGGCCUCCAUCAGAUUUUUUUGAGCGGUUACCAAGGCAUGGUGCAGAAUUUGUCAGUGCUUUGCCAUUUCAAGAAUACACUCAUCCUAACUUUGGCAUUCUUAAUCUUGCUGUAAAAUUGCCCAAGACGUGCUUGAAGCCAGACCUUGGGCCAAUGACAUAUAUUGCUUAUGGAUUUCCUGAAGAGCUAGGCCGUGGGGACUCAGUUACCAAGCUUCAUUGUGACAUGUCUGAUGUGGUGAAUGUUUUGACACAUACUGCUGAUGUGGCCCUGAGUGAUAAGCAGCUUGUUGAGAUUGAAAAGUUGAAAAUGAAGCACCGGGCUCAAGAUCGAAUAGAAAUAUUUGGUCAAACUCACACAAAAUACAAAAAAGUUGAGAAGUUUCAGUCAAUUGUUCCAGCACUAGCUGAUCCUAAUUCAAGUGGAGAGGGACCUGAGACAGCAGAGGGAGGUGCUCUUUGGGACAUUUUCCGGAGACAAGAUGUUCCUAAGCUAGAGGCUUAUCUUAAGAAGCACAGUAGGGAAUUCAGACACAUUCAUUGUAAUCCUGUAGAGCAGAUUUUUCACCCCAUUCAUGACCAGAGUUUCUACUUGACCAUAGAGCAUAAAAGGAAGCUCAAAGAGGAAUUUGGAAUUGAACCAUGGACGUUUGUGCAAAAACUUGGAGAAGCUGUAUUUAUUCCAGCAGGAUGUCCUCAUCAAGUUAGAAAUCUUAAGUCAUGCAUAAAAGUUGCGCUCAACUUUGUCUCACCUGAAAAUGUCCAUGAAUGCGUCCGCUUGACGGAGGAAUUUCGUUUACUUCCCCAGAGUCACAGGGCCAAAGAAGACAAACUGGAGGUAAUGAAGAUGACUGUCCAUGCAAUAAGCCAGGUGGUGAAGCAUUUGGAUCGACAUUCGGGGUGAGUAUUUAACAUUUCUUGUGAUAGCUUUUUCU